UUUGGCUAAAAUCGAUUAAUUUUUAGAUCAAAUAAAUAAAUAAUAUUUUGCCAAAAAUCAUUAUAAAUUUUGUAAACACAACUUUUGAAGAAUUAAAAAUACUUAAAAGGGGGAAUAAAGAAAAAUAUUAUGAACAAUUAGUCAUUUUAAAAUAUUUCAUAGCAGCAUAAUCUAUCUUCUUUAAAUAACAAAACUUAUUUUGAGUACUCUUUCAAUAAGUUGAGGGAAAAAUAAGGCUUUUCGCAAAAAGAUGAGUUUAUGUAUGCCUAAAAGCAGCUAAAUUUAAAUCUAGGGAAUUAUUUAUAUGAGUACUAAAAAUAAAAAUUGUAUGAAUCAUGGAUAACCAGUGAUAAGAUAUAAUAGUUACCUCAAGAAAGGAGAGAUAAAAAAGCUGGAAAGUACCAAUAAAACGAGAGUUAUAAUAGGCAACAAUCUGUAAAGAGCCUUAAAAAAUCAAUAGCUAAAAGCGCAUCCUAUCCAUAAUAUAUUGAGUAAAUAAAUGGUAUUUAUGAAGGAGAUUUAGAUAUGAAUUAUAAAAAGGAAGGACUAGGAAUAUUUAUUGAAGAUCAAGGUGAGAUGUAUAUUGGUGAAUGGUCUAACGAUUAAAUGCACGGUGAAGGCAUUUUGCACUUCCGUUUCGGUGGUUAUUUAUAUGGGAGGUUUAAAUAGAAUAAGGUUCAUGGCAUUGCAAUAUUAAAUAUUCCAUUAAAAAACCAAUUAUUUAUUGGUUAUUGGAAACAAUCUACUUUGAAUGGUGUUUGCUUUGAACUUAAUUUAAAUUCUAGAUAGUGGUCUCUCUCUAUUUAUGAAAAUGGAGAGCUAAAGGAAAAAUAGCAAACCGAAGCUUUAGAAAUGAAUUCAUCUGGAAUGGUUUACCCUAAGAUUAUGGACCCUUAUGAAGAUAUAAAAUUUUGGAUGAGUAGAUAGUCAAACAAGCAAUAUUUCUUAGAAAGAAAUAUUAAUACUUAGUAAAAGCACAUUAAAUACAUAAACAUCGAUAAAGGAAUGGAUUAUAUAGGAUUCAUUGAAGAAAACAAUAUCCCAGAGGGAUUGGGUCUUGUUAAAUGUGAAAAAGGGUUUAUUUAUGGAUAAUUUUGUAAUGGCAUUUUAGAAGGCUAUGGAAGGAUGGUGCUUGAUAACGGAGAUAUUUACGAUGGCUAUUACAGGAAGGGACAAUUGAAUGGGCAAGGAUACUAUUUUAAUUUUGAAAAAAAGAUUUUCAUGCAUGCUAUUUUUGAGGAUAACAUACCAAAGAUCUAUGAAACAGAGAAUAAAUAUCGUGCUGACUUAAUAAAAAAAGAAAGAUCUGAGCAGCAUAAGUCUCAUAGGAAAUUUUAUGCGAAAGAGCAGCAUUUAGAAAAACUUGUUUUUAAAAUAUUAAAAAACUAUGAAGAUUUUUAUGGAAAGGGUUAAUUAUAGUUUGAAAGUGAUAUAAAUAACAUGUAUUUGUAAAAUAGAAUAAAUAACAGUUUUACAACAAGAAACUUUAUGGAUAAUAAUAUUUCUCAAUCUCCAAACGUGUAAUUUACCUAGAUUGCUUCUCCUACUAGUCAAAGAAGUUUAGAUAUUACUACAGAAAAAUUAGCUGAAUCUUUAUAACCUUCAUAAAUUCCUCAAAUUUCUCAAACUAUUUAACAGUAAAAUGUUAUUAAUAAUUAAUCUCUAAAUUAGGUAGCAGCAUAAAAUCAAUAAAAUAACCCAAAUAAUAAAAUAAUCAAUAAUUAAAGUUAGCAACCAACAAGCUAAUUAGCAUAACCUUAGAUUAACUAAACAUAAAAUUAACAAAAAAGUAUAUCCUUAAAUAAUUCUAACAGCAUUUAAGGAAAUUUAAAUAAUUAAAAUUUAUUAUCAAACAAUCAAAAUAAUACAAGUGGAAUUAUUUAAAACUAGCAAACAGCAUCAUUUUCUUAAUAAUAAAUAUAAUAACAAUAGUAGUUAAAUUAAUAGCAGUAGUAAUUAAAUUUAUAGCAGUUAUAGCAGCAAUAAUAGCUAAAUCAAUAAUAAUUGCAGUUAUAAAAUCAAUAGCAGUAAUAAGUUAACAUGUAGCAGUAAUAGUAGCAAAACUAAGUUUAAUAGAUUACUUUAAUCUAAAAUGAAUCUGGCGUUUAAUUAUCAUAAUAAUCUUUCUCUGAAAAUGUUGUUGAUUCACCAGUUAAGAUGGAAAAUAAAAAUGAAGUAAAGUCUAACUUGAUAGCAGGUAGCGUGAUUUAAGGUAUCAGAUAGACUGCUAAACCUUAGAAAAGAGAGUCAAAGUACAUUGAACCCCCUAGUAUUAAAAAACCUCAAGAAUUGCAAUAUAAUGCUUCUUAGGAGUAAUAUGAAAGGUUUUAAAAAAUGUAAGAAACAAGAAAGUAGUAUACUGCUCAGCAUUAAUAUUAAAAUGAAACAGAGUUCAGUUUAGAAGUGGACCCUUCCAAAGAUUUAUUUUCAUUUAAAAAAAUUAAUACAAGCUAUAUGGAGAGAAGUUAGAAAAGAAGAAUAUUUGAGGAUAACCCUCGUUAUCAAAAAGAAGUAUUUUAAUAGUCUCGUUCUAUGACUCCUCAUAAAGAAUUAUUGAGAGAUGAUUCUGCUAGGAGUACUUUAAGUUAGUAAAGAUAUAGAAAAAAUGAGUAUAUGAAAGACAUAAAUACUCAAUAGAAAAAUAGGAACUAGCAAACCAUGUAAAAGGGUAUAGUUAUAACUCAUGACGAAGAAUAAAAAGUAUGGGAAAACGAUUUUAUAGGAAACAAGGAAGAAAAUAUUGAUAAUAAUGUUGAGCAUUUUUGUAUUUUAAUAAGAGACCAAUAAAAGAAUGAUAAAAAACAACAAAAUUCUCAACAAAAUUAACAAUAUUAAGGAAAUGAUUUUAAUAACUAAAAUGUAAGGCGUUAAAAAAUAUUUUAAAAUAAUGCUUCAUAGAAAUUUGUUGACGAUGAUUUCUAGUAAGAGAAUAUUUCAUCUAGAAACAUGAUGAGCUCCAAGAUAAUAGAUUAAAAGCUUCAAUAAAAAUUAUAGUAAAAUAAAGAAAAUGGAAAGAAACUUCAAGAAAUAGAAUAUGAUAAUAAUAAUAGUAAUAACAAUAUUAAUAUUUAUUAAGAUUAACUUGAUAUGUCAGACCAAGAAAAUAAAUAAUACUUAGAAAAAUAUGUGUUUUCCUUGGUUGAAAAAUUUACUCAAGAAAAUAAUUAAAAUUCAAAGCUAAAGCCUAUUGAACAUCAAAACUUUGAGAAAUCGAGAAAUGAAAGUAAAUAUUUUAAAAAUGAAUUUAGGCUUAAAGAAUAAGAUAGUAUUAUCAAAUCUAGUAAUACUCCUUCAAAAGAUUAAAAACAAAAUAAAAAAAAGAUUUUUGAUAAAAUACAAGAAAUCCACCUAGAAAAAAGCAAUAUUAAAAGUUUAUAACAAGAGAAUCAAUCAGUAAGAAGAGAUGAUGAUACCUUUGAUUAUGCAGAUGGACCAAAUCUAUCUUAAGGCUUACAAAACUCUCUAAGGGAUGUAUAAAACUUUUAAUAAAGCUAUCUUAGAAAAAGCCAAAUUCAAAAUUUAAAACCUAAUACAUAAAGAAGUUAAUAUGAAAAUAAUUCAUAGUUUUUAGCUACUGAUAGAUAAGAUUUUCAAUAAAAUUCAUAGUAAUCAACUGGUUACCCUUACAAAUCUUAAUAAUUUUUUUACAAUAUGUCACCAUAAACUAAUAACGAUUUCUAAUGA